AUGCUACACACGUUCCGAUGGUGGAGUUUGUUGGUCUUGACGAUGGUCAAGGGGUUCGACGAUGCUCCGAGGUUGGAUCCGAGUAUAUCAACUGUCAGGUAGGAAGUGGCUGAACUGAAUGAUAAUAAAUAAUAUGAUAUAACGAUGUUAAAUAUAUUUUACUGACAAAUAGUUUAGUUUUACCAAAAGUUUAUUAAUUUUAGCCCACACACAGCAUCAACUUCAGAAUCUUGUGUAGGUCAAUGUGCUUUUCAAUUCGUCGACGAAAUGACCCAACAAUUAGGGCCAAAUCAAUCAGCUGGCCUUCUAAACUUAAACUACAAUGACUUUUUGACCGCUUUCUCAAAUGUCACCUUCUUUGAAUCAUUUUGUGGGUAGGUGAUGUUGUACAUGGCUUUUUUAGAGUUGUUUUCGUAUUUCAAUUAUUGUUUUAUCUAUUGUUUGUCAAAUUUAAAUUUUUACAUUGUAAAAUAUCACAAAGUAACUUGAUGUUGUUUAGACUUUACCACAGUUUUCAAUUUUGCUACUCCAAGUGUCCCCAUGGUUAUAUGCAAGAGCUUUUGUCAAGGAGUUCUGAAGUUGUCGACCAUUUUUGUAUUUACAACUACCAAGGUAUGGGAUUGUGGUAUCUUUUGUAGUUUAGGCGAUAUUCAAAUAAUUUUUCGUUAUCAUUAUUGUCUGUUUGGUUGAUUAUAUGUGUCACCACUUUUAGAAAUUAAGAAUAAGUUUGGUUGCUUAAACAAGGUGGACAAGGAGAUCAGCCAAAACUGUUUGAGAACAUGUACUUCACAUCACAGUGCCGUUACCUCGCUCAUGCAGAACUUCAAACAUCUGGCAUUGAAUGGAGACUCGUCACAAGCUGAACGUUAUUUGGGCGAGAGUUGCGAGUAAGUUGGGUAAUAUGAGAUGUUAUCCAUUAUAUGUCACAUUUUGGUACUUUAAAGUUAGUGUUUUGUAUAAAUUUUACUGUAAAGCAAUUUUAAAUAUGAUAAAAUGUUUUAAACUUGAUAUAUUUAGAUAUGUCAUCUGCACGAUGCACUGUGACGUACCUACUAUUGCCCAUCUAUGUGGCUUUGACACAGCCAAUCUUGUUAUAAACCUAACCAGGAGAUCGUUCGAUUCCAUGCAGAAAAUGGCACUAGACACUGGUGCCGUCGCCAAGUAAGUACCACUUUAGUCUUAUUUUUCGAUCAAAAUUAGGUUUAAAAUGAUGGAAUUCUGUUUGUUUAUUACCAUUGUCACAUCAUAAACAACAAAAACAGAGUAGUAUAUCAAGAUUAUAUUAAGAUUAAGCUUUGAUGAUGAAAUUGUAAUACUUUUCUUGGUAUGAACUUGUAAUACCUUUCAAAAACUUUGUUUCUAGAUGGCCUGCUGUGUGUGGCGACAUCAAGACCUACGCUCUUCCGAAGGCACCUCAGAAUCCUCCGUCCACCGUGACCAAAGUCAUAUCGCAAAGUCCCACCGUGCCGUCCUCAGCCUCAAUGUACAUAGUUUACUUGUUUGUUGUCAUUCCUUUGCUCCUGAUCUCAACUUACUAA